AUGGCUCGUCGUUUCAAUCGAAACGCCAAAUCUAAAUGUAAGAAAAACAGAGCUAUGAAUUUUAAAGCUCGAAAUAUUAGAGAACACAAGAAUAAAGUGCUAAUAGCACGAGAUCAUGUGUUUAAUCUCACACCUGACAGAUUGUCAGAUGAUGAGUAUUUACUUUUGGCAAAAGGUCUAAAAUUUGUACCUUCACCUAUCUCACACCAAGUCAAACAACAAGUGAUGAGAGAUUUUAAUGAAUUUGCCAGAAAAUUAAAAUGUAAAUACAUGUUUCAUGACCCAGAUAGUGACAACAAUAUACAUCCUUUCCGCAUGAAAAGCGGUUUUGAACCUCAAAUUAUAAACAAUUCAGUUCAAACAUAUAUUGACAAAACAAGACUUGAAUUGUCAUCUAUGGAAGUUCGCAAAUCGACUGACAAUUUAAGCAUUUCUGAACGCCAAGCAUUAAAAAGGCUAAAAGGUCGUAAAGACAUCAUUAUCAAAAAAGCUGACAAAAACAACAUGUGCGUUGUAAUUAAAAAAACUGAUUACAUCCUUGAAGGUCAACGUCAGUUAAAUAGCAAAUACUACUGUAAAAUUACUAAUCCCAAUCUAAAUCAUCUCGAAAAUAUUAUCACACAAAAAUUGUCUGAGAUGAACACUAAGGGUGUACUUGACAAUAUUACCUAUGACUUUCUACGGAAAGCUAAAAAUACGAGGGUAGGGAGAUUAUAUUUGCUCCCUAAAAUACACAAGCUCAAUAUUGAGGCUUUUAAUGAGAUUAAAAACAAUGGUAGCUGCAAUUCACCAAUUAUUCCACCAGGUCGACCUAUUAUCUCACAAAUAGGUUCACCUACAGAACGCAUAAGCCAGUAUGUAGAUUACUUUUUGACUCCCAUCGUGCAAACACUAAGCACGUAUAUCAGGGACAGUUCAGACUUCAUUCUAAAAGUCGAACAACUUAGACCACACGCUAAGUGCCUACUGGUCAGUUAUGAUGUAACUUCGCUCUACACCAAUAUGCAUUUCGAGGAGCUAAUAACGGCUGUUCAAAUGGCCUAUACAAACUUUAACAAAGCAGAAUAUAUCAUACCAGCUCCACCUACAACUGAUCUUUGUUUUCUUCUACGACUUGUACUAGAAAACAAUAUAUUUGAAUUCAACUCUGCUUUGUAUAAACAAACAAUAGGAUGUGCGAUGGGUUCUAAGUGUUCCCCAUCUACUCCACUCCAUGACUCCACAAGACUCCACUCCACUCCACUCAGCUUUUUACCCCAAGCCAAAAUGAACGACGCAGUUAUCAUGAAACAGCGUAAAUAG